CCACACGGACCAAUAGGAAGAAGCGUCUGUCGGCCGACGAAGAAAAAAAACCUCGCAGUCGCCAUGAUACAGCAGCGGAAACGAGUGUGAAGUGGCUAGAAAACAAAAGAGAACACGCAGUCGUCCUCGCCGUUUGGUAUGCUCUUGCAGUGUUGUAGGAAUGCCCAAGGAAAAAUAUGACCCGCCAGAUCCCAGGCGGAUGUACACGAUUAUGUCCAGCGAGGAGGCAGCCAACGGGAAGAAGUCAUACUGGGCUGAGCUGGAAAUUAGUGGACGUGUAAGGAGUCUCAGCACGGCCCUUUGGUCUCUCACCCACCUCACUGCCCUGCACCUCAGUGACAACUCUUUGUCACGUAUCCCGCCAGACAUUGCCAAACUACACAACUUGGUGUACCUGGAUCUCUCAUCCAAUAAGAUCAGGAGUCUGCCGGCAGAGCUCGGCAACAUGGUGUCUCUCAGGGAACUGCUUUUAAAUAAUAACCAGUUGCGGGUUCUGCCAUUUGAGUUGGGAAAACUGUUUCAGUUACAAACACUGGGCUUAAAAGGAAACCCACUUGCACAAGAAAUUAUGAGCCUCUACCAGGAACCUGAUGGCACGCGAAGACUGCUCAACUACUUGUUAGACAAUCUGGCAGGAGCUAUCAAACGCAUACCAACAGAGCAGCCUCCAGCCCGCUCUUGGAUUUCUAUCUCGGAACCAGACAGAGCACGGCCUUCAGCCCUCUUCUCAGUAAUGUGCUACAAUGUGCUGUGCGAUAAAUACGCCACGCGGCAGCUCUACGGCUACUGUCCUUCUUGGGCUCUGAACUGGGAAUACAGGAAGAAGUCAAUCAUGCAGGAGAUCAUGGGCUGCAAUGCUGAUAUCAUCAGUCUGCAGGAAGUUGAGACGGAGCAGUACUACAAUUUCUUCUUGCCCGAGCUAAAAGAGCAGGGCUACGACGGGUUCUUCAGUCCAAAGUCUCGAGCUCGGACAAUGUCUGAGUCCGACCGCAAGCAUGUGGAUGGUUGUGCAAUUUUCUACAAAACAGACAAGUUCAGUGCAGUGCAGAAGCAUACAGUGGAGUUCAAUCAGCUGGCCAUGGCGAACUCUGAAGGCUCCGAGGCCAUGCUGAACAGGGUGAUGACCAAGGACAACAUCGGUGUGGCCGUGCUGCUUGAGGUUCGCAAAGAAAUGAUGGAAGCCUCCUCUGGAAAAUCACUGCAUGGUUUUGAGAAGCAGCUACUGCUGGUGGCUAACGCCCACAUGCACUGGGACCCAGAAUACUCUGACGUCAAGCUGGUCCAGACCAUGAUGUUCCUGUCAGAGGUGAAGAGCAUAGUCGACAAGGCCACACGCAGCCUCAAGUUAUCCUCCGUCUCGGGUGAAACCAACGCCAUUCCACUUGUCCUGUGUGCUGAUCUCAAUUCUUUGCCUGACUCUGGCGUGGUGGAGUACUUGAGUAGUGGUGGAGUGGACUGCACUCACAAGGACUUCAAGGAGCUCCGCUACAGCGACAGUCUGACCAAAUUCAACUGCAAUGGCAAGAACAGCACGUCCAAUGGCAGGAUCACUCAUGGCUUCAAGCUGAAAAGCGCGUAUGAGAAUGGCCUGAUGCCUUACACCAACUACACCUUCGACUUCAAGGGUGUCAUCGACUACAUUUUCUACUCCAAGCCUCACCUGAACGUGCUGGGUAUCCUGGGCCCUCUGGACCCCCACUGGCUCGUAGAGAACAAUGUCAGCGGCUGCCCUCACCCCCACAUCCCCUCCGACCACUUCUCCCUCUUUGCACAGCUGGAGCUGCUCCUGCCUAACGUGCCCCAACAGGUCAACGGGCUCCACCUGCCUGCACGCAGGUAGUGGCUCUCAGCUACAACAGCAGGGGGAGCUGCGCUCGCAGACUCUCCUUUUUCAGCCCUCCUCCCUCCCACUACCAGCUCUUUCCUCCACCACACCAGAGGAGGAAGGCAAAAACACAACCUGUAAAAUAUUCGUACAGUGAGGUCUGGCCAACAGGGAUUUCGUAUGAUGUUAUAGAUAUUCUAUAUAUAUUUUUUCUUUUGUUCUUUUUUAACUGCUGGGUUAAGUCCAGUUUGUGUAUUAAAUUUUGUGUUUUGGACUGCCCUUCCCUUCAUAUACACCCGCCCAUUUCUGCCCACAUUAGCGGGGAUGGUAGCUCGUUCAGAUUAGCUCGGAGGAAAGGGGUUUCAAUUGGCCACAGGGAGGAUCCGCCCCGCCCCUCAAAGCUCCACAGCUGCUUGUCUGUCUGUCCUGUAAAAAAAAUCUGAAGCCAGCAAAGACAGCAGACGUGUUUUUAGCAGACCUCCGUCCCUCUGCACGCCAUGCAGCCAUCCCGCUGGUGCAGGCCCUGCGGGAAGCGCUGGUCUGUUGAGCUGGUCGUCUCUGUGCCGGGUGGUAAAUCUGGCAGCUGGUUUAAGGUGAGAUUCCUGCUAACAUUCUGUGGUGCUGAGGCCCUCCGCACGGUCACGGCCUCCUGUGGUGCUACGAGAGUCUUCACCUUGAACUCCUGGCCCUGGUCAAUUGACCACCAGACUCAGUGACGCCCCCCUCAACUGCACCCAUGAGGCGCGUGGCUUGGGGGAGCUACCAUCCUGCCUGUUGACUGUUUCGACCCUGCUUGCAUAGUUGUUUGGUUAAUCUUGUGCUUGCACCACCCCUUUACUUUUGAGGAGCGUGGGGGGGAGGGGUUGGGGAACGGUAGGGGGCUUUGACAAAUACUUUUAAGGCAGAGAGAGAGAAUCAUGGAUGACUAGCAGGAGUAAAACCAGCAUUCCUCUCGCUGUCCGUAGUUCAAUUCCAGCGACUCACAAACAUGCACAGACAAUUUGCAGGCCACUCUGUAGCAUUGUCUCCGAGGCCAGUAGUUUCCCAUCACACACAGACGGAGCGGGCUUUUCUUUCCACAAGUGUUUGUACAGAGUAUAAAUCUAGACUCAGUCUUUACAUGAUUGUAUAUGAACCACAAAAGACCUGUUUUCUGGCGUUUUUUGUACCAAGAGUAAAUUAUGAUCAGAUUUGAAUAAGAUUGUAUUGUAAACUAAGGCUAAAUUUUUAUCCCGUUGCGAUGAAUUGAUAUUACCAGCUUGUACAAAAAGACAUAAGAAGAGGUUGUUCACGGCGUCCCCUGUCACAACUUUGCACUCCCUAAGAGACAAACUGGAAUUGGAGCCUCAGUAUUGUUUUAAUGCCCCUCAUCCUGCCCUACUUUUGAUUUGUCAGCAAAUCGCUGCGAUUGUAAAUAGAGUAAACACUGCUUGCUUUUUUUUUUUUUUUCUCCCCCUCUUCCGCUCUUUCCCCCUCUCAUUUAACGUAGCCGUCGCCCCACAGCGCUGCCGUCAGUUCCUCAAACAAGCGACAAAGUUGGCCCGGACACCAACACUCUUCGAUCCGACACAUUUCCACUUGUAUUAAAAAAAACAAAACAAAAGCAUCGUGCCUCACUGUAGCAGUCGUCGUCUUGCACUAUUUGCAUCUGACACACGCCUGAACAACCUUUUCUCUUAUUUUUAAAUACUGUCGAGACAUUUGUGAAGAUUUUAUGUCCUUUUUGUUCCGUGUUGAGUUUGCUUUUUUUAUGAGCUGUGACAAUGUUGUGACGAUCUGUAUAUCCUUCCUCUUCACCGAGCUCUCUGGUUUGAUUUACCCCCGCCCCCCUCCAACCCCACUAACAAGCCUCUCCUUUUGAAAACGCGUUGUUAUGAAUUCACUCUGAUUUUGUAUCUCGCUCUAGCCCUGCCAAACAUUUUUAUUCUCUAAACUCCAUCCAUCUCAUUUUAAAUCCUCCCCCCAGUUGUAGUUACCCCGAUAUCCCUGCUGCCACCUCCACUCCCCCCUGUACACCCCUGACCUUUCUAAGCCCAAGCUGUGUCUUUUAAAUCUUUUUGUUUUUGGCAACCACUUUGUAUAGAUCUUGUCACUGAGGCUGCAGUGCCAACUCUGGACCCCUGCCUGGGUGGAAGGCCCUCUCAGAUUGUUUAGGGAUUCAUGCAGGAGCAGUGACUCCACCACAGCACAACAGUAAGAGAUGAGCACUUAGUUCAUUUGGACACGGCUCCGUCACGCAAGCGUUCCGAACGUGACCCAAGAUCACUCGAUUUGAAUUAGUUUCAUUUUAAAUGGCAAAGGGAGGAAUUGAUAAUCGGAUCCCAAAAUCAAGGUUUAACCUCACCAUGUUUUUAACCUUUUGUUUUCCGGCAAAAAAAACAAGAUGUCCAGCUUGACUUUUUUUUUUUUUUUUUUUUUGAAUGGCAUUAGAAUUGUAGUAGAUUUAAAGCCUAGCUUUUUUUGUAAAGUGUGAAUAAAAGUUUUAUCAUGUUUCCUUUCUAAAAACAUACUGAAUUGUGUUGUUGAUGUGUAAAUCAUGAAUUCUACGAUGGUGUUACGUUUGCUACAUACAUGUUUUUAUCUAUACUAGGUAUAUUUUCCCCAGUAUAACUCCCUCUCCCCUCAUUACGAACCAAAAUCCUUGGUAGAGUUCUCGAUUAGAUCUUUGUCGGGCCGACCGUAGAGAAGAUGAAUGUUGCUGAUGAUGCCUCGCAGACGGAAGGAUUGAGCGCGUGUGAAAACCUGCAGCGUUAUCGGUGAAAAUUCCAAGAACAGGGAUCUUCAACCUUUGUUGUUGUUACUUCAGCUUUAUUUUGGAUGUUGCUGGGCGCCGGGCCGGAGCGCCGGCGUCUGUAGGUUUAGGGCAGCAGAGCUGUCCCACUCGUGGUGGCGGUUCGAUGUGUUUGUAAGACUUAAGCUAUUGCCGCUGGUCGAUAGACUGGUCCUGUGAUGAUUUGUAUUUUUGAGUAUCUCUAGUCCAUCUCACUCUGUUCUCGUGCAUCACAGUGGUUGACUCUGUUCUGCACUAGUUUAGCUACUUGACGUCACAAAUUUGAAUCUCUUUGGAUGUCCCCCCUUCCUGAAUCACUGUUUUAUAAUUAGAGUUGGAAGAAGAAGAAGAAAAAAAAAAAGCAAAGCUGCAGGGUUGAUUUCCCGGCGGCUUCAGCAAGUGAUCAUGUUGGCUUCGUGCUUUUUUCACUGUUGCUUGGCGUCAUAGUUGUCAGAGCGUUUUUGUUUUUUUCUGUUUCCCUGGCUGCAUCUCUUUGUCAUGGUGCACACCAAAGCUGCUUGUAGUUCCCCGUCACCAACAUCCAGCCAUGAACUGUAGGGCUGUAAGGAAACCGAGGUACUCUUUAGUCCCUUUCCUUCAAUGACAUACACACAUCGCCAUCCUUCGCACUGUCGGACCGUUUCGAUGCAUCGUUGAACACUCAAUCUUGGCAAUAAUACUCGCUCACACACACACCAUGUGUUUUUAAAUCUGGACAGAAAUGUAGCUUUUCCAUCUUUGUACGCUUCAUUGUUGCUACUUUUAAUUUCCUGCUCCCCGACUACCCCCCCUCCCCCUCCCUGUGCCUCCCCCCCUGUAUAUUUGCUCCCCCUCUAGUGGUAGUUGUUCAAUGAUCAGGAUUGUCUCUUCGUAGUCAAGCCGAGUACUUAUUAUUGAACUGUCACUGUGUUUAUGCACUGGACCAACUAUUGUUUACCAUUCAUGAAAUACCAGCAAGAAGGAAAAAAAAAAAAAGAAAUAUGGCAAAGCACUUGCACAAUGUUGUAGAAUGUCUAUUAAACCAGAUAAGAAAUCAAGGCAGCUGUUUUCGAAUCAACACAUACUGUUUUAAAAUAGAAUCUGAAUGGUAAACAAUGACUUCUCUUGUACCCCUCAGCCGUCCGCUCAGUUCUUCUGAUUAGUUUUCAGUUUUUUUCUCUUUUUUUUCUUGGUCGACUACAGGUUCCGCUUGUUUCCUUUACACCUACCUAUGUAUUUUCCUACUUCUUGUUGAAAAUAAAUUCUAUAUUAUUCGUUUCAAACUGUGU